AUGGGCCUGUGGGAGAUCGAAGGGUCGAUCGUGACCUUUUUCCACUCCCUCCAGCACAGUUUUUUCCGCCACCGCUGGGACUCUUCUCGUGCAGAUGUCAACAGAGGAUUGGACGGCGGCGGCAUUUUGAGGCUGAGAGUCGGGGCGCCACCCGACUCUACGGGCCCAGAAGCCCUUGAGGAGCUUCGGGUUUCGGAGGGGUAUGAAGACCUGCCAACUUCAUCACCCCUCGGAUCCUUCAACCCCGAACUUGUUGCACUGCCCGCUGAAGGUGGCCAACCGGUACCUCUGGCAAAGCUGUGGGGCAAGGACGGGCAGCAUGAGGUGGAGGAGUUCACUCGCACUCAGACACUUGGUGCAGCAGAGGCAGAGGAGAAGAAGCGGAGCGGCAUCAGACUUGCCAGCGCCGACAGCCUGUCGAAGAUGGAGAUCCCCGAGGGUAGCCCCCUGUACUUGGCAACGGCUGAUCUUCAGAAUGCGUUUUACACUAUGGGCAUGCCUGAAUCACUGCGGCAGUUUUUUGGCUUGCGGAGAGUGAGGGCUGCAGAUUUGGGGGUCCAGGAGGUGGAGGGUAAGCCAGUUUCUCCGGGCCAAUGGGUGCACCCCCGUGUUGCAGUCAUCCCUAUGGGUUGGUCGCACGCGAUGUGGUGGUGCCAAAGGUUGAGCGAGAAGCUGGUUGAAGACUCGGGACUCACAAAGAAAGAGCGCCUUCGUGACUUUGAUCCUGCUCCGCCGGGAAAUUUUUGGCAUGUGGAAUAUGUCGACAAUCUGGUGGUGUUUGGAACAGACAGAUCAGAGGUUGAAAGAAGGUUUUGGCUGGCGGUGCAGGCGCUACGAGAUGCUGGUUUGACGGUUCACGAAAUCGAAUAUGGUGAGGGACAAAGCAAGGUCCUUGGUUGGUCAAUCGACGAGAAGGGGACGGUCGGGCCCACGCUGUCAAGGCUUUGGCGUGUGAGACAAGGAAUCCGGGAAAUUCUGCGCAGAGGGCGGGCAAGCGGACAGCAGCUGGAAAGGCUUGCAUACGACGGCAGCUGGCAGGAGUUUCAGGAAUGGAGCAAGGGCAGUGUUCAGCCAGGGAUGGACUUCAAAAAGUUGGACGUGACCCUGACUGCAUACCUGGAAUUUCUGUACGAAAAGGGCGAGGACCUCAGCAAAGCCAACUAUGUGACAGCCGCGGUGUUGCGUCUUCGAGAGCGGGGCAAGCAGGAGCUGGCAUUUCGUGUCAGCAUGGUGGAGGUGGUCAGUUUCAUGGAGAAGCAGUG